UUUGUGUGUGUCUGUGUUUCCCUCAUUUUUCCCAACAGGAGGAAGAGUUUCACCUUUUCUGACCAGUACAGAAUGACAAUCCACAACAGGACGUUUCCUCACCCAACUACAUUUUUCCUCAUUGGGAUUCCAGGUCUGGAGGCAAUCCAUGCCUGGAUCUCUCUGCCUUUCUGCUGUAUUUAUCUUGUGGCCCUAAUGGGAAACACCACAAUUCUGGUUGUCAUCAAAACAGAGCAUUCUCUCCGAGAUCCCAUGUUCUACUUCCUGGCCAUCCUUUCUUCAGUUGAUCUGGCCCUUUCUACAGCCUCUGUGCCCCGUAUGCUUGGUAUAUUCUGGUUUGAUGCUCAUGAGAUAAAUUUUGGUGGCUGUGUGGCUCAAAUGUUUUUUAUCCAUGCUUUCACUGGCAUGGAGGCUGAGGUUCUCAUGGCCAUGGCUUUUGACCGCUUUAUAGCCAUCUGUGCUCCACUACACUACACAACCAUCUUAACAACUCGAGUGCUGAUGGGCAUCAGUAUCUGUGUUGUAAUCCGUCCAGCCUUGAUUAUAUGUCCAAUGAUCUAUCUCAUUUACCGCCUACCAUUUUGUCAAGCUCAUAUAAUAGCACAUUCCUACUGUGAACACAUGGGCAUUGCAAAGUUGUCCUGUGGAAACAUCCAUGUCAAUGCCGUGUAUGGCCUUUUUGUGGUCUCUCUCUUUCUUUUGAACCUGGUCCUUAUUGGCAUCUCAUAUGGGUACAUUCUCCGUGCUGUGUUCCGACUCCCAUCUCAGGAUGCACGGCUAAAAGCACUUAGCACAUGUGGCUCCCAUGUUGCUGUUCUCUGUGUUUUUUAUGUCCCAUCAGUCUUCUCUUUCCUCACUCACCGAUUCGGACAAAACAUACCACACUACAUUCACAUUCUUGUUGCAAACCUCUACUUGGUCAUUCCUCCCUCACUGAAUCCCAUCAUUUAUGGUGUGAGGACAAAGCAGAUAAGAGAUCGAGUUCUCAAAGUAUUUACUGAAAGGUAAGAGUCUCUCAUAUUCUUCAAUCCACCUAAGAAGACUCAUGUUCUUGUUUUAGUGGAUAGUUCCUAUGUCUUGCUGUGAGCUACCAGUUUGCAAAACUAGUUGGUUUGUCUCAACCUGCGGAUUAAUAACACAGUUCUGUAGAAACUUCACCGUAUCUUCUAGUCGACAGACUGUUAGACUAGACUGGACAGGCUACUCUGGGACAAGUUCACAUGGAAAUUCCUUGUAUGGACUCAUGAAAAACUCUGGCUUCCUUUCCUUUUUUCUUCCAUUCAGACAUGCUUGCAGUUGUUUGUUUAACUUACAUUAAUAUUAUGUCCAUUGUGUAUCUUGAAACAUUCUAACUUUGAAAGAUAAACUAAGAGCCGAAUUAAUUCAAAUUAUUUGACUCUGUAAACAAUGUGCUCUUGUAGUCCCCUCUGAAGUCACAAUCCUGUGUUUAAAACAAUUAUUGGUAAAUUGGUAGCUUGAACUUGAAUGGUCUGCCAAAUAUAUGGAACUCAGUGGAGUAACAGCUAAAGUAAAUUCUUACGUUCAAGAACAUUUUCCCCUAAGCCACUAGCAAUGUAUCAUUGACUAUCCUUGCUAUUGUCUCCAUAGCCUAAGCAUAACAUGAUCCAGUUACAUGGAGUCUUCAUACCUGUGUGACGAGUGUUUGUAAUUGCCUGGCA